CUGACAGAACCGCCUCGGUUGAUGCUGAACUGGUCCGAACAUGGACAUGCUGGAGUCUAUCUCAUGGCCAUUGUCUAGGGUAUCAUUUGGCUAAAUCAAAGACAACUGACCGCCAUCAUGCCAUACAACAUUGCCAUGGUCAGUGACUUUUUCUUCCCCCAGCCAGGUGGGAUUGAAAGUCACAUCUACCAAUUAUCGACCAAGCUUAUCGAUCGCGGUCAUAAAGUCAUCAUCAUUACCCAUGCCUACAAAGGACGAACCGGUGUCCGAUACCUGACAAAUGGGCUCAAGGUCUACCAUGUGCCAUUUUUUGUGAUCUACCGGGAAUCGACGAUGCCGACGGUCUUUUCGUUCUUCCCCAUCUUUCGAAACAUCGUGAUUCGUGAGCAGAUACAGAUCGUGCAUGGACAUGCGAGUUUGAGCAGCUUUUGUCACGAAGCUAUCCUUCAUGCUCGCACGAUGGGUCUCCGGACGGUGUUUACCGACCACUCCCUAUUUGGAUUCGCCGAUGCGGCGUCCAUCCUCACCAACAAGCUGCUCAAGUUCAUCCUGAGCGACGUGGACCACGUUAUCUGUGUCAGCCAUACAUGCAAAGAGAACACGGUUCUUCGAGCCUCCUUGGACCCGUUGAUGGUCUCCGUCAUCCCCAAUGCGGUGGUUGCAGAGAACUUCCGACCCCCCGAGCCGCGGCCAAUGCCGAGACCCAUAGCACCCAAUGACAUCAUCACAAUCGUGGUCAUCUCCCGCCUAUUCUACAACAAGGGCACAGAUCUUCUUAUCGCCGCCAUUCCUCGGAUCCUUGCGUCCCACCCGAAUGUCCGGUUCAUCAUUGCUGGAUCAGGGCCUAAGGCCAUUGAUCUCGAGCAAAUGCUAGAAAGAAAUGUGCUUCAAGACAAGGUGGAAAUGCUCGGCUCUGUCCGGCAUGAAGAAGUUCGCGACGUGAUGAUUCGAGGCCACAUUUAUCUACACCCUAGUUUAACUGAAGCGUUCGGAACUGUACUGGUGGAAGCUGCCAGCUGUGGUCUGUACGUGGUGUGUACUCGCGUGGGAGGUAUCCCGGAAGUGCUACCUCAGCACAUGACAACCUUUGCAAAACCAGAGGAGGACGACAUUGUGCUUGCUACCGGAAAAGCUAUUGCAGCAUUGCGUUCAAAUAAAGUGCGGACGGAUCGCUUUCAUGACCAGGUGAAAAUGAUGUAUUCCUGGACGGAUGUGGCGCACCGUACAGAACGUGUCUACAUGGGCAUCUCCGGGGACAUUAGCCCGGAGGAAUUCUACGGCUACUACCCUGGACAGGGCUGGGAGGCAGGCCGUGAUCGUGUGCGAAGCUUUGCACUCAUCGACCGUCUGAAACGGUACUACGGCUGCGGAGUGUGGGCUGGCAAGCUGUUUUGCCUUUGCGUGGUGAUCGACUUUUUGCUUUAUGUCUUCUUGGAGAUGUGGUUCCCCCGUGCGAACAUUGACAUAGCACGCAGCUGGCCCAAGAAGAUCCACCAGGAGAACAAGCAACUCGGGAGUACAUAUAAAGGCGACCGUCUAGGGCCAGCGUCAUGAUUUAACGGGCAUCUACAUCAAUCACGGCCAUCUCUUCGAAUUCAAUUUGAUUCGCUAUGUAUACACAAACAGCACGAUACCCAUAUCGAUAGACGCG